UUUUGUCGGCUGUAGAACUAUGGCAAUAGAAAAGACUACGAAUGAAUUCGCGACUGUUUAUUCAAGUAGAGACAGUCUUGCAAAUGACUCGUUUCAAGAAUAUGACAGUCCUCAGGCAAGGGUGUUUAAAAUAAUCGUCAUCGGGGAUUCAAAUGUUGGAAAGACGUGCCUGACUUACAGGUUUUGCGGUGGUGAAUUUCUCGAUAAUCCCGAGGCAACAAUCGGAGUGGAUUUUAGAGAAAAGACCCUGCAACUUGAUGGGGAUAACAUAAAGUUGCAGAUAUGGGACACAGCAGGACAGGAGCGCUUCAGGAAGAGUAUGGUGGAGCAUUACUACCGCAACGUCCAUGCCAUCAUCUUUGUGUAUGAUGUGACCAGUCUGGCUUCAUUUGAAAGCCUGCCAGAAUGGAUUGAGGAGUGCGGCCGUCACUCAGUCCCUGCCAUGGCACCCCAUAUCCUAGUUGGGAACAAAUGUGACUUAAGAGGAAGAAGAGAGGUUUCCACUUUCUUAGCUCAGCGACUUGCUGAUAGCUACAACUUUCCCUUAUUUGAGACAUCUGCAAGGGACCCUGGAGAAAAAGAGCAUGUAGAUGCCAUUUUCCUCACUUUGGCCUACAGGCUGAAGAAUCAGAAGCCGCUGAGACUGAAACAACCCAGUGAGAGCAGCUUCUUACAACUCUCUGGUGACCAGGAGGUGAAGACACCCUGUUAUUGCUAAAAGACUUUGGCCCUUGAAAAAUGAGAGGGAGAUGUGUUGGUGUCUACAUGCAGUUUACAAAUGUCUUUGGAAGCAUGAAAUGGGGAUCAAGCAGACUUUGGGGUUUUUUGUUUUGUUAAACCACAUUUUCUAAAGCAGAUGACAUUUGAUGUAUCAGAUGAACCUCCAUAUAAUACAUCGUAUUAUAGCAUCUUAUUAUUAAAGGCCAUUGUCAACUGUCUCCAUAUACAAUGACAUGAAGACCUCACUCUUUUGGACAUGUUAUAACAUUAUCAGUAUGUAUUAUCUUAGCAUGUUGUUCCUGUAUGAUAUGGUUUUGAAUGUAAAGUGACAAUUCCUGGUAGGUUGCUAUGAUGACAUUUCUAAAGGCAAUCUUGGGCAUUUAUGAUGAUCUGGAAAAAACACUUUGGCACCUCAUUACUAUGCACCACAACAAUGAGCAUUCUGCAAUGUUAAAUCUUUUCAUACAGGUAUGGAUUAUUAAUUAACAUUGAAUAUUUGAGGCUAUGGUUACUUUUUCUCUGUAAAUUAGAAAUUCCACUUCUCAUCUUUAGAAAAUAAGUAUUGCAUGCUGACUCAAACUAAAGACUAUAACUGAAAAGCUACUGCUAUAAGUGAUUCCAGUGUUAACACUAGUGGGCACCACUUUCAAAGCUUUCGAAGGCUGUGUUUUAAAGGGAUAGUUCACCCAAAAAUUACAAUUCUCUCAUCAUUUACUCACCCUCAUGCCAUCCAAGAUGUGUAUGACUUUCUUCUGCUGGAUACAAUUAUUUUUAGAAGAAUAUUUCAGCUCUGUAGGUCCAUACAAUGCAAGUGAAUGGUGGCCAGAACUUUAAAGCUCAGAAAAUGACUCCAGUGGUUAAAUUCAUAUCUUCAGAAGUGAUAUGAUGAGUGUGGAUGAGAAACAGAUCAAUAUUUAAGUCCUUGUUUACCUUAAAUUCUCCUCCCUGCCCAGUAGGUGGCGAUAUGCACGAAGAAAGCAAAUCACCAAAAGCGAAAGUGAAAGUGGAGAUUUAUAGUAAAAAAGGACUUAAAUAUUGAUCUUGGGUGGCAUGAGGGUUGGUAAAUGAUUAGAGAAUAUUCACUUUUGGGUGAACUAUCCAUUUAAGCACUUAUCUGAACCAAAUCAGGUUUCAAAACAAGGAAAAACUACACGUUAAGUAUAUAAAACAAAACAAAGUGACACAUUUCAUAUUGGUUUUUAAUGAUGUUUGGUGUCUUAUGUAAAUAAGGUAACAAUAAAACUUUAACAUGUCUUGAAGGCUUGAUUUGACAGGAACAUAUUUUUUGUGUGUGGAUUAUGACAACCUUUUUUUGUAAGCAAUAGCAUUUUGAAAACUGACUGAAUUGGUCUUUAAAUUGACAAGAAUGUGUCAUGUCUAAAGAUUGUCUUGAUUUGAAAUCACAAAAAAAUUUUUGUACUCGAGAUAAAUUUGUUGUCAUUGUGUAAAUAGUUUGAAUUGACUCUGGAAUGUGUGUUCAAGUGUUGUGAAAGGUUAUUUAAGUUUGAAACCAAAUAAAAUGUAAAAUAGAAAGUCA